AGUCUGGGGGGUGGGAGAGAGAGGUGGGAUUGUGAUGUGUGACGGCGGCAGUGACGACACUUCCAGGUUGUGAGGCAAGGAGGGGGGUCCUCCGCAGUAGGCGCUGGGGGGCGCGAGGAAAAGAGAGAGAGGGGGAGAGAGGGCUCCCGAAGCGGAAAUAGCCGGCUUGCCUGAAGAAGUGUGAGGCGAAGGAAGGCCGGGCUUGUUUUGAGGGCUUCUUGACAGGGCUGUGUCUAUUAUUACUACAUGACACUGAGGCGUUCUUGAGGGGAACCGUAGGUGGAAUGCCUCCUUAACGGCAGCGCUGAAGAGGCUGCUUGGCAGGUGCGCGCAUAAGAGCCUGCUUGAGAGGCGCGCGCACCAAGCCCACAGAGUGCCGAAUAGUUUCUGAGGGGAGCCUUUUAUGUCCUCAGAUCUACUUGGGAGGCGCGCGCACCAAGCCCACAGAGGGUCCCGAAUAGUUUCUGAGGGGAGCCCCUUUUUGCCCUCGUGACGCCAGGGGCAGCAUCCCGUUAGCCUGUUUUUUCCUUGGGGCGUCCCGUCAGGAAGGAAGGAAGGAACCUCGGUUUCUCACAAGUGAGGGACCAUUGGCGACUUUCCCCCCGCCUCCUUUAGCGCGUCAUCAGGCCCCGCCAGUGACACUCGCCAGGGCUUGGAGGAGGAGGAGGAGGAGGAGGAGGAGGAAGAGAGGCUCCUGGCAACGCUGCCUCCUCCUCCUUCUCUCCCAGUCAGUUGACUUUCAGCCCGUCCUCUGCCAGGACUUGCCACCGGCCCAGCAGCUGCCUGCAGUGCCUCCUUCCUCCCUCUCGGCUUCCUGCCUCCCCUCGCUGGGCGCCGAGGCUCCAUGUAUUGCCCGCUGCCUCUCCCUCCUCCUCCUCUCCGCUGCUGUUGAAGCCGCUUCCCUAUGGAGUCUCCCCCGCACAACAGCGGCGGCGGCGGGCACUUGCUGGGCAGCUUCAACAGCAGCGGCGCCGAGGCCUCUGUGGUGCCUUCCUCCCCCCCUCCGCCGCUGCCCGGCUUCGGCACGCCUUGGUCGGUGCAGACGUCCUCGCCGCCGCCGCCUCCUCCGCAACCAGCGCCCAACGCCGCCAUGGCCCCGCCGCCGAGCCCGGAGCCGCCGGAGAACGGAAGUGGUGGCAAUAGCAGCAGUAGCUUCUACGCUGCCGGAGGGAUGCCGUCGUCCAUCAACCCGGCGUUCUUCCAGAGCUUCUCGCCGGUGUCGACUCACGCUGGCUCCAUGGGGCCCUUCGGCAGCCCCUUCUCUACGGCUCCGCCGCCGCAGAUUAAUGUACCUCAACAGCAGCAACAGCAACCAGCGCGGCGCUCCCCGGUGAGCCCGCAGCUCCAGCAGCAGCACCAUCAUCAGCACCAGGCGGCGGUGGCAGCGGCGGCUUUCCUCCAGCAGCGGAACUCCUACAACCACCACCAGCCUCUUCUGAAACCAUCACCCUGGAGCAACCAUCAAAGUAGUGGAUGGAGCACAGGAAAUAUGUCCUGGGGAAGCAUGCAUGGUAGAGACCAUCGUAGAACUGGAAAUGUGGGAAUUCCGGGAACUGUGAACCAGAUCUCUCCCUUAAAGAAGCCAUUUUCCGGUAACGUCAUAGCUCCCCCUAAAUUUACUCGUUCUACUCCAUCACUGACUCCAAAAUCUUGGAUUGAAGAUAAUGUUUUCCGAACAGACAACAACAGUAAUACACUCUUACCCUUACAGGUAAGAAUGGAUCGAAACAGAAUGUAUGAUAGUCUUAAUAUGCAUUCAUUGGAAAAUUCCCUCAUUGACAUAAUGAGAGCUGAGCAUGAUCCUCUUAAAGGUAUGUUACUACACUGGUUAAUUAUCAGUCUGUGGCAAAGCCCACUCUGCAUUGUUGUUGUCUUACUAACAUGAACAUACACCGUAUAUGAAAUGGUGUAUGUUUCACAUGCAUAAAGUUAGAUAGGACCCAUUCAUAUAUCAUUGGCAGACAUAAUGAUCUUAAUGAACUCUUCCACCAUUUUUUCUGUAAGGAAAGAUACAAAGUGAAUUUUGGACUUGAGUGUCUGUUUCCCUCCCUGUUCUCAUCACCAAAAAAUUUCAUCCUAAAAAAUUAAGUUGUUAAAUGGUUAAUUCAUUUAACUGGCUGGCUUUGGCCUACAAAACCUUAAAUGGCUCUGGUCCAACUUACCUCUCAGAAUGUGUCUCCCCCCCUACGGACCAUACCGCAAAUUAAGAUCAUCGAGUGAGACCCUGCUCUCUGUCCCGCUGCUGUCACAGGUGCAGUUGGCGGGGACGAGAGACAGGUUUUUUUCGGUGGUGGCUCCGCAGCUGUGGAACUCCUUGCCAAGGAAGAUUAGGGAAACCCCCUCACUCAUGUCUUUUAGGAAGUAGCUGAAGACCUGGAUGGACCAAGCUUUUGGCCCAUCUUAGGAUAUGGGUUGAUAUGACCUGAUGGAUUCUGUGGAUUAAUAUGAAGUCAAACACGGAUUGGCUCUGACUGGCUCAAUUCUACCCUCCCCUAUUCUCACCAGCACUACUAUCUUUAAAAUACACACAGCCCAGGGUGAAGCAUUUUCCCGGUCAGGUUAUCAGGGAGACAGGAUGAUUUGUUUUAUUGUAACUAUAUAUGUUUCAAUCUGUUUUAUAAUUCAAAAUGCUAUAUUUGUGUAUCUGUAUGUACAACAUAGCAUUACACUUUGUCAUAAUCUGUAAGCCACUUGAGUCCCCUUAGGGGUGAGAAGAGUGGGGUAUAAGUAUAGCUCAUAAAUAAAUAAAUAAAUUCAGAUGUGCUUUCUUUCAACAAUAAUUGAGACUAAGUGAUCAGUUAGCUUGUUCAGAAAUAGCAAACUAGUAAUUCUUCAAUAAAACUUGUGGGCAAUUCAUCACAAUUCAAUUCAUCACAACUUAUGGGUGCAGCAGUAAUUUCUUUUCCAAAGAGUGGUCUUUUGUCCUCUUUUUAAUGGGCUCCAUUAAUGAAUAUUUGUCAUAUAGGAUACCAGUGUAUCUCAAAUAUAAGUAGGUGUGCAUUUUACAAUUACACUGUUCCCCCACUACUUUGUGGUUCACUUUUUGCGGAUUGGCUGUUUUGUGAUUUUUCAAUAAACUAAAAGAAUGUUAUAAAUCAUAAAAAAUUACAAUUUACAGCCUUAGGAAGGGAAGAAGGAGAAGCCGAAGGGAGAGAAAAGGAGCCCAAGCGGCAACAGGAGGAGAAGGAAACGAUUUAUCAACCCACAAUUGGUUGAUAAAGACUUAAAAUAUUGUAUAAUUACUAAAAUAAUGUAUAAAUAUUAAAAUAAAUAUAGUGUUCCUACUUUGCAGGUUUUCACUUAUUGCGGGUGGUCCUGGAACGUAACCUGGAAUGUAACGAUAAGUGAAGGAACACUGUAUAGUGGACUUUCAUGCUGCUUAUUUCUUUUCCUUGAAGUACUAGUAUGUAUACAGUACUUUGUAACAUUUAGAGCAUUUUGGUUGCAUGAUUACAGUAAUCUUUACAACAAACUAAUCUGGUCAAACAGUGUUAGUUUCUUCAUAAUGAACCUGAGCAAAUUUGAAGUACAGUGAAGGAACACUGUACUUAUAUUGGAGAGACACUGGUAUUCUAUAUGACAAAUAUGAAUGCAUUCAUUAAUGGAGCUGUGCAUUAAACAUAACUGGAACAAGUUGCGAACAUCUUCAAAUUUCCCAGAAAUUUUCUACUGCAUAGAGGCUGAAGAUUUCUCUGUUUUAUGGAUAUUGGAGACACAAUUUAUUUACUGUUAAUGUGGUGUUUACAAGAAGCUCUAAAGUUCUUCAGAUGGCAAUAUGUAAUACUGGGUUUGAUGGUACCUGUUUCCACAUUUAGAUGUUAGGCCACAUCUACACUGACCAUUUAGCGGAGUUUGAAGUGAGCCUCAACCUGUGACAGCCAGACAACGAGCUCCCAUUAAAACACACAAAAGAUUGUCCUUAAUGUCAGCAGUGUUUUGUGGUUUGUAUAAUCACCCUUGAGCCUCAAACUAGUUCCAGGAUUUUCUGUGUAAUCAUCUGCACAGCAAAACCAGUUUUUUCUGAAACUGCAUGAAAUUGUCAUUGUAGAUGGGUCCUGUGUGUCUCAUUCAGCUCAGGAAAAUAUAUUUUUGAGUAAACAUACAUAGGAUUGUUCUGCUACUCUGUUUUGAAGUAUAGUUUGAAAAUCAGGCUUCUAAAGAAUAAUUUGGAUUACACAUAUGAUUAAUUACAUUAACUUAGAAGGAUAUUUAUUAAUCAAUGAGUUAAGCAAUAAUAGUCCAUGUAUCUGUGCCUUAUGGCUUAUUGGGACCCUUAUGAAUUUCACAGAGCUUUCUUAGGCAAGGUAAUUAGUGGUGCUAAUGAGUUUGCAUCUUAAAAACUAGCCAUUUAAAAUGUGCUGUUAAAACCUGGCAAGGAUAGCAUCUAUUUUAUAUAAAAAGUGCUUCAUAGUCUUGCUAUUAUUUUGCCAGAUUUAAAAAAAUUGCUCAGUAGAAUGACAGUGCUAUGAAAUAAAAGAUUGCUGUCUUACCAGUUUAUAUCUGUUAACAAUCGUGAUAAAAAUAUUAUAGCUUUAAACCUUUGUUAUUGAAUCACUUUGAGAAAGAUAGCAUAUGUGAGGUAAUACCAACACCAUGACUGAACAUUAUACAGUAGUUUGAGUAAUAUCACAAUAGAUGUCUUAGAAAGUUAAAAAGUGUCUGGGAGUAAACAUUGUUUGAAACAUUGGUCUUCCUCUUCAUGGUGUCUGUGAAAUGAGCACAAGUGGUAGUAAUUGUGCCUGAGCAUUACUCUCGGAACCUUUAACAGCUGUUAGAGGUACUUUGGCUGCAGCCCCGCCUUCCUCCCAGGAAGCAUAAAUUGCAGAGGUGGGGCGGUGGCCUUAGUUCCUUUUUUUCCACUGCCUCACAGCAGCUCUCUAGGAACCUCUCGGUUAGAUUAUUAAUUCUUGACAUUGGACAGUUUAUUUGACUAUUCUACUAAUUCUAUAAUGUACUUUGGCUUGACUCAGACUUCUCUACAAUAUUCUACCUUCUGGCUUCCUGACUUCGGAAUUUAUAUGGCUACUUCUAUUUUAAAGAACUGUGUGGCCUGUGGCUGUAAGCUGCCUGAGGCAGACGGCCAUGAUAAAUGUCUUGUAUGUUUGGGGGGAGGGGGGCUCAUGGAGCAAAUAAUUGUUUGGUCCUUAUACCGCAAGCUUGUAAAAGCAGGGAGAAAGCACUAAAAGCUCUUCUCUUGGAGAGAGCUCUCUUCCCGGCCCCAUCUACAAGCGGCUCCCGAACGCUGCGGCAGGGCAAGCCAGCUGAAUGCCAGCAACUUACUUCCUCGCUGGCAGCCUCGCUGGCUCCAAAAAGGGCACGUUCCACUCCUCCUGCUCUCCCUACUCCCUAGAAGAGCUCUGGUGCUGCAACUAAGAGCUGCAAGGGGAAGAAGAAGCAUGCAGCAUCUGAGGCACACAGCAUGGCCAUACCCACAGUACUGACGUCACCAGAAGGGAUAUGGCCGCUGGCUCUGCCCACGAUGUCGGGGCAGGAGCAUGGAGGCAAGGCACGCAUUAUGCCGCCGACGCAGGCCUCGCCAGCUCCGGUCAUGGGUGUGGCCCUGCUCCCCGAGGUGGAGACAGCCCACCCGCUGGGAGAAGAGCUUCUGCCGCCCACUCUCCCUGCAGGGAUGGGAGAAAGCUGCGGGGUGAGGAAAAAAGCGGCUGAGCCCACUGCUGGGCAGCCUGCUUCUGGAGGGGCCAGUGUAAGGAGUACUAUGUCUCCGUUUCUCACUGCCUCCCAACCUAUGGAUCCUCCUCAUGAGGAAAGGGUAUUGUUUUCUCCGCAGCCAAGUGCUGCCUCUUUUCUUUCACAUACUCCAUUAAGCCAUAGCCAUAGCCAAGACUUUUUCUCAUCGCCUCCACAGAGGCAAACACUGAGCACUGUCCCUACGGAGUGGAGUAGAUCAUUUACUCCCCGGGCAGAUUAUGUUCAUUGCUCUCCAGAAGGAAGCGCUUAUUUUUUCAGGUCCAUAUUGGUCCAAGACCAACAGAUGUCUCAACCAAUCUCAGUCCCAAUACAAGCAAAUCCUGCUGCACAAUCUGCGCAUCAAGGCCUCAGUACUGCUAUUGUUCCGGCUUUAGGAGCGGAUAUCCCAUCUCAUUCUGCAUCAGAAUUUGAUUCUGAUGAAGGAAAGGAGGAUGUGCUAGCAGUGGAACUCUCAGUGGAGCCAGAGACAUCAAGUUUUAUAACCCUGAUGUCAUGCCUGCCUAGGGCACUGGAAUUGCCUGUGACAGGCAAAUCAGCCCCUGGCAUUCCAUCUUUUCCCAGCAGAAGAGCAGUGUCCAGCAGCUCAAUCACCUACAGCUUUGCCUGCAGUACUGUAUUUAUUGCAGCUUGCGACUACACAAGACAUUGCCCCAUCACUGAUAGGGGCAGUUCCACGAAGGAGCGAUGCCUUGUAUAAAAUAGACCUAACUUCUGCUUAAUGGGUCGCAAAGCCACCUAGAUCUAAUUCCGUAGUCACCAAGGUAAUGCAGAACAAACUUUCAGUGAAGACCCAUUUAACGCCCUGGAAUAAAGAGGGCAGGAAGUUGGAGGCAGUAGGCAAGAAAGUACACUUAGGGGCAGGAUUGUCAACACGUUUUGCACAUUAUGGCGCCUACCAGGACUAUCUAUGGCAGAAGAUAGUCCCCUACUUGGAGACUUUGCCACAAGACAAACGUGCUCUUCCUAAAGUUAUCCAUCAAGAGGGUCUGGCAUUAGCCAAGCCACAGAAGGAAAUGGCAAAAGACACAGCAGAGGGAGCAAGCAGAAUGUUUGCAGCUGCGACUGUUAUACGCAGACAUGCUUGGCUGUGGGCCUCCACACUAUCUGAAGAAGGCAAGCUUCUAGCAGAGGACCUGCCGGUCAAUGACAAGCGUCUCUGAUCCAGAGACAGAUGCAAAACUUAAGGAGGCCCAGGAGGUUCGUCAAGCGGCGGACAAAUAUGGCUUUUCUCCAUCUCGCUAUCGGGGCAAAUCAUAUUCAACUGCUUCUUAUACUAGGAAACAGUAUGACACCACUAGCAAGCCCCUCCCACAAACCACUCAGACAACUUACACUCGGCCAGCGGCACCAUCUAGGCCCCGCUCGCAGGGUAAGGGGAAAUAUCAACCAAAGGGGAAGCAGCGCUUUUAGCACAGCUUGCCCCCAUUGCAUGAUUCCUAUAGCACGGCACACAGGUGAUUACGUCCCUUCUUUUGCUCCAUUGUGUUCCCUUCCUGGGAUACAACGUGGAGAUCACAGAACACUUCCUGUUAAAUUUGGAAUCCGACUGGCAGAAUUCGCUUCAGUUUGGAAAUCAAUAACUACAGACAAGUGGGUCCUAGAAAUUAUAAGUUCUGGUUACUCAUUUGAAUUUUUUCAUGAGCCGGGGACAGGCUCUGUGAAGACCACCCCGUCCAAAAAGGUCUUGCAGGGCGAGAUAACUACUUUGUUGGAGAUUGGCAAUUGUUCAUCUCCACCCAUCCUUCUACUCUCAUGCUUUCUUUUCGAAAUACUUUUUAGUUCCAAAAAAAAGAUGGUGGUCAGAAGCCUGUAUUAUACCUCAGAGGCCUUAAUUACUUUAUCCAUUCUCGUAAAUUUAGAAUGGUGACACUUGCAGCCAUUCUUCCACUUCUGCCAGAUGGGGCAUGGCUUGCGUCAAUAGACCUGAAGAACGCAUACUUCCACAUUGCAAUAGGCCCUCACCAUCACAAACACUUGGCAUUCAAGAUGGCACAACAGGCUUUUUGUUUUAGGGUGCUUCCAUUUGGGAUUUCUAUCGCACCAAGGGUUUUUACUAAAUGUAUGACCGUGGUGGCGGCGCACCUCCGCCUUCAGGGCAUCACCGUCUAUCCCUACAUAGACUAUUGGCUACUGGUUGCUUGCUCCAAAGAGUCUUUGUUACGGGAUCUAGACUACACACUAUCUGUUGUAGUUGAGCCAGCAAGUAAUGUUGCAAGCAGUAUUAUGAGUACCAGUAGGGAGGAAAGGGUUAAUCGCGAGCAGGUGUCAGAUGAAGAACAGCAAAGGAAAAGGAUCCGGGAUAUACUUAUGACACCUACUGAUGAAGACACAUUUGAAGGGUUUUCAAGCGGCGGGGAGUCGAUGAGCGAGGAAGGAGAUGUGGUGGAUGGGAACAGUCAUGGGUAAACCUAGGUCUUGACAGGAGAUGGAGGAACUGGAGAGAUGGGAACAGGUUCAUGUGUGAAGGCAAGGACAGCUGUAAGAGAUGAUGACAUCGGAUAAUGAUGUGUAAGUUAAAAGUAGGCUCUGAAAUGGGGGAAUCUUUGCAGAAGGCAAAGUGUCAGUAUCGUGUGGAUUUGUCACUGCCUGUUUUCCUGUUGGGUUUUGGGUUCGGGUUCUACAGCCUGGUGUUCAUGGUUCCUGUGAAUCUUCAAUUUGGACUGGCUUAUUGUGAGUGUGGCUCUCUCCCUUCCUGGACUCUUGGACUGAUAUGACUACGGCUCUGUUUGUCCACCUUGGAAACGACGUUUGGAUUGGCUCAUUGUGAGUGUGGCUUUCUCCCUUCCUGGGCUCUUGGACUGAUUUGACUACGGCUCUGUUUGACCACGUUGGAAACGACGUUUGUUUGGACUUCUUCUAUGGCGACUCUGGGACUUUGGCUGGCUUUGACAACUCCUCUUGCAUUUAACUCUUUUGGUGCAGUGCUUUCUGUUGGAACUCUUUCGUUACAGCGCUGUUGCUUGCUGUUACUUUGACUGUGUUUUAAUCCGGGUUUUCUUUCUGUUUAAUCUGGGUUAUUUUCCGUUUGCCCUUUGGAGCCCAGUUUGGGCAAAUUCUUUGAGUUUUGGCCAGAGACACUGUAGUUAAGUGUCUCUGAGCAUAUUUUGUUUUGCAAUAAAUCUUUUGUUGGACUAAAUGGUGUGUGUGGUUCUUUAAGGCCUCUGUGUCUUGACACUAUCCCUUCUCAAUGAUCUCGGGUUGGUAGUCAAUCAAAAGAAAUCACAUCUUGUUCCUGUGCAGAGAACACGAUUCAUCGGAGCGGAGCUGGAUUCCAUCACCAGUAUGGCAUAUCUGCUGGAAGAUCGCUUCCGAUCCCUAUGGACAGCGUUGCUCUGUCUCGUGCACAAUGUGGCGCCAAAGGCCAAAAAUGUACAGUCAGCCCUGGGACACAUGGCUUCGACAACAUCUGUGACAUAUGCACAUCUGAGAAUGAGGCCUCUACAAGCCUGGUUUCUCAAAGUGUUCGAUCCUAUGCUCCACAGUUCAUAUAUUUAUUUACAGUAUUUAUAUUCCGCCCUUCUCACUCCGAAGGGGACUCAGGGCGGAUCACAUUACACAUAUAAGGCAAACAUUCAAUGCCAUAUAACAUAGAACAGAGACAGAAGACAAACGCAGGCUCCGAGCUGGCCUCGAACUCAUGACCUCUUGGUCAGAGUGAUUUGACCAAGAGUGAACAGCCUGCGCCACAGCCCGGGCACAUGUUCGUCUGUCUCUUCUGUCACAUAUCCGCCAAUCACUCCAGUGGUGGUUGUCUUGGACAAAUGUAUGUAAGGGCAUUCCAUUCAGGCAUUGCGAACCAACAGUGACGGUUACGAAGGAUGCCUCUUUGGAAGGAUAGGGCGCCUAUUCUUGCUCCCUAGUGGUCAGUGGCAAGUGGAUGUCUCAAGAGGCUCAAAGCCACAUCAACUUGUUGGAAAUUAUGGCAGUGCAAAGAGCCCUCUAAGCCUUCCAGGACAUAUGUUGUCACAGGGUGGUCCAGUUGAGGACAGACAAUACCACAGUGACAUGGUACGUCAACAAACAAGGAGGCACACACUCCCACUCCCUCCUGAACCUCACCCUGCAGAUAUCUGGGAAUAGUGUUUGCUGAACCAUAUCCAUCUGGUAGCCAUUCAUGUUCCUGGUCAAGAGAACAAGAUAGCAGAUCAUCUCAGCAGCGGAGGCAGUACCACCCACGAAUGGUAUCUGCCACCAACAGAAGCAACAUCUCUUUUCCAGAGGUGGGGCAAUCCCCAAAUAGAUCUAUUUGCAACAGCAGAGAACACAAAAUGCAAAUUUUUCUGUGCGAGACAGGAACCCAACCAGCAGAUGGGGUGUCUCGGGGAUGCAUUCCUUUUCAGAUGAACAGGCCCCCUGCUAUAUACAUUCCCACCGAUUCCUCUCAUAACCAAGGUAGUGUCAAAGCUCUACCGUGACCAGGCAGAUUGCAUAAUUUUGACUCCAUGGUGGCAAAGGCAGCCUUGAUUCUCACUCCUUCACACAAUGGCAUGGGGUCAACACUAUCCCCUCCCACACCGCCCGGACCUUCUUACUGCUCACCAAGGCUGCCUGCGCCAUCCGGACAUCAAGCAGCUCAAUCUCACAGCUUGGCGGAUCUGGCCCAACCACUUUCACAAGCAGUGAAAGACAUACUGUGCGCAUCAACAAAACGAUCAUAUUCCUACAAAUGGAACAAGUUUGCCAAAUUUGCAUGGCAGCAGAAUGUGGAUCCAGUCACUGUUCCCACAUCAGUUAUUUUGGAAUUUCUUGUUUCCUUGACUUCAGUUAUCCUCCAUCGUUAUCUUGCAGCGAUAUCUGCUUGUCGUAAAGAUGAGGGAUACUUCUCCUGUUUCCAAGAUCCCCUAAUCCAACACUUUCUGCGAGGAUGCAGGAAUACUCGACUUCCUGUUACUCCGCCUGUCCCAGCAUGGGACCUCCGGUUGAUGUUAUCAGCCCUUCAGAAGCCACCUUUUGAGCCUAUGGCAAAGGUGGCUAUUUCAUAUGUGUCUUGGAAAACAGCAUUUUUGUUGGCCAUUACGAUGGCCAGAAGGGCAAUUGAGCUCUGUGCACUACGGGCAGAUGCUCCUUAUAUGCGCUUCCACUCUGACAAGGUGGUAAUGCGUACAGAUAUUCCUUUCUCCCAAAAGUAGCCUCAACUUUUCAUUUGGUUGAAGAUAUUGUUAUACUUUCUUUUUUUCAAGAUCCACUUACUCCGGUGGAACGGGCUCUGCAUCUUCUGGAUGUUAGAAGAGCAUUAGCAUUUUAUGUUGAAAGAACAAAAGAUUUUAGAGCAUCGCCUAAACUUUUUGUCAAGUAUCGGACAGACACUAAAGUUCUCCCGGUAUCUUCACAAAGAUUGUCACGAUGGAUCACAGCAACUGGCAUAUCAACUGGCACAUCAACAGCCUCCAUUCGGCCUAAAGGGACAUUCUACCAGGGCAGUAGCAACUUCCACGGCAUACAGCUGAGGAAUACCACUACAUGAAGUUUGUAGAGCAGCCACAUGGGCCACCACUCUGACAUUUGUGACCCAUUAUAAGGUGGAUCUGCUCUCAAAGAAUCAAGCAGCGUUUGGCAGAGCAGUUUUGGGAUCAGCACUGUCAUGACGCCCACCAACCAUGGUGAGUAGCUUGCUCAUGUGCUCAUUUCACAGACAUCAUGAGGAAGAAAGAUUGGUUGCUUACCUGUAACCAUGUUUCUUCGAAUGGUGAUCUGUGAAAUUAGCACAUCCCUGUCCUUCCUCCCCUCUAAUCGUCAUGCCUUCUUUCUCAAGCCACUGUCGGCGGCGGGGAACUAAGGCCACAGCCCCACCUCUGCAAUAUAUGCUUCCUGGGAGGAAGGCGGAGCUGCAGCCAAAGUACCUCUAACAGCUGUUAAAGGUUCCGAGAGUAAUGCUCAGGCGCAAUUAUCACCAUAUAUGCUAAUUUCACAGAUCACCAUUCGAAGAAACAUGGUUAUAGUUAAGCAACCAAUCUUUAUCCAUUAAAUCUUUAAUGACGCAUUGAGCUUUUCAAUUACUAGAAAUAUGUGCAUAAAUUUUCCUUCGUUUCCUUCAUGCUGUCGUUUCGUGUUUACUGAUUGUUUAUACGAAACAACAGACAACAGUUUUGUACAAAACAAUAGGCGACACGAUAAGGAAAGCCGCACAGUCAUCAUGCUGGCUUUCGUUUCCUGCCACAUGGCCUCCAUGGCUGCAAUUCAAUUCCUCAUAUGUCAGAAGGAGGCUAGGAGGUGAUCCUUGGCCAAUCAGAGGCCAAGGAAUCACUGAAGUGGGCUGGGCAGGGAGGGCAGGGAGUUUAUAUAAGGGAAAGACAACACCCAAAAAGCAUCAUUUGCUGCCGCUGCUGGGCUGUGGGCUGGUUGGGUUUUGCGCUGUGCUGUCUCCGCUUGGGCUGGGUGCUUGGAUUACUUGGCUGGCGGGCAGCUUGCCUUCUUGCCUCUUGUGAGGACACUAAGUUGGGACUACUGGGGGAGUUGGGGUUUUUUUGAGGGGGGGGGGGGUUAGAUUGGCUGGUGGGCAGCUGCUGCUUGCCUCAAUUUAAAAAAGUUUUCCUUUUUCAUAGGGUUCUUUUUUUUCAUCCUUUCUCUUCUCCAUUUGUUUGCCUGCCUGGCUGCCUCAGUUCUCCCUCCAUUCCCUUGGGUGUUUUAUUUUUAUUUAACAUUUUUGAAAGCACAUACUUUUUUUGAGGUUUCAUUGUAAUUCCCCUCACCCCACCCCCACCCCCAAGUGCACUCCUCUCUAUUUCGCCUUGCUGGGGAUUGGGGAACAAACAGUUCUGGCUGCAGAGAGAGCUACCUUAUUUUAAAAAUACUUUAAUAACAAUAUCAAGUGGGUUUGGCUGGGGAACGUGUGUGUGUGUAGUUCAAAACCCCUUUCUUCCUCUCUCCCCCGAUUGGUUAUUUAUUAUUAUUUGUUUAAAAAUAAAUAAAUACAUUCAAAAUGAAAUAACCUGCUUGGGAUACCUCCUUCUAUCCAUUUGGCUCUAGUCUUUUAUUCUGCCUUAGUCCUCCGUCCCUCUCCUUGGCAACAAUAAGGAUAGGAAGGAUACUGUGACUUGUUACAUUAUUACUUUUUUAUAUUUUUGAAAGCAAAUAUACAUUUCUUCUGGUGUUCAGUUUACUUCGUAAUGCCCUUCCGCAACUGUUGAGUGCACUGCAGUGCUUUGCCUUGAGUCUGGCUUCUGGCUGAGUUUACCUUAUUUUAAAAACUGUAUACUUUAAUAAUAAUAAUUAAAAAAUAAACAAUAUCAGGAAAGGGGCUGUGAUUUUUCAAGUGGGUUUGCCUGGUGAAUGUGUGUGUGUGUGUGUAGUUUAAAAACCCCUUCUUCCUCUCUCCCCCACCCUCCUCCCUUAUUUGUUUAAAAAUAAAUAAAUUCAAAAGGAAAUAACUUCUGAUUUGGCUCUCUUUGCCUUGGUCCUCCCUCUCUCCCUCUCCUUGGCAACAAUAAGGAUAGGAAGGAUACUGUUAUUAUAUUACUUCAGUAUUUUUUUGAAAGCAGAGUGGUUUUGGCUGGGGAGGGCGUGCUUGCUUGGCCCUUGGGAAAACUGCCUUUCCCUUCCUUUCCAAGCUUUAGAGUUGGCAGUUUCCUCAUCACCACUCAGCCCUACAGAGCUACCUCAAUCUUUCCUUCCUUUAUCGCUGCUCAGUGCACACGCUGCACUCGCCAUAGCUUACAGGCCCCCGUCCUCUGAGUUAUGGGUUGGUGUUUUUUCCCCUCACGUGUAGAGUGCACAGUGCACACUGCUUAGUGCACACUGCAUACGUGUUACGUGUGAUGUAGUGCAUGUCCUCCUGGAGGGGCGGGGUGGUGGAGGCUGGCCAACAGCAGCUGGCCGAGGAGACACCCCUUCCCGGGCCCUUAGCCGGUAUUGCCAGGGGUCCCCUCCUUCUGCCCCCAACCCCUUUCCUUCUAUGGGGCUAAGAACUGGGCUGUGUGGGGUGGUGUUUGUGUGUCUUCCCCAUUUGGCUGGUUGCAGCUCCCCUGGCCUUCCUUCUGCCGCUGCAGAAGUUAAGAGGGCCAGGCCAGCUGGGAGGAAAAGGGAAUGCUUUAGGGAAUUUUAUUUCUAAAAAGGAAAAAAAUGUUAGAAAUCGGGGGAUGAUGCCAACGUUUAAAAAGUUGCUGGGCUAAAAGGGGUCGAUAUGCCCUCAGUGUGUGCCUAUUUUCACCCUUCUAGCCCUAAAUCUGAGUGGGGGCGGGCCCCUGAAGCUCUCCCAUUAGGGCCAAUGGCACAAAGAUUUUCGUGUUUUUUGUUAACGUAUAGCCCUGACGGGCGAUGCAUCACCACAUGCACACUUACACAAUCAUGCAGAUGCUCCAUCCCCAAUCGUAGACCAGGCACAACAGGAACACCCUUGGGAGAGUGAUGGGCUCAAUGGAUUAUCAUUGAUGAAUACACUGGGGAUGUCGAGGAGGACAACAACACUUUACACCUACACGAUUCACUUCAACUGGAACACUCUUCAGGGGACUUACACACUGUCUUGCACAAAAGGGACCCUGUCAAUCCUCAAAGGAAACAGGUCUUGGUAGUAGGUGACUCCCUCCUUAGAGGAAUGGAAGCCAUCAUUUCCAGACCAGAUGGGAUGGCUCGAGAAAUAUGUUGCCUCCCGGGUGCAAAAAUACACCAUAUCACUCAGAGGCUCACCAGGCUCCUAAAGCCCCAUCACCCUCCCCACAUUAUGUUGAUUCAUGUAGGAACUAAUGACACCGCUAGGCAUACUUUUCAAAAGAUCACAAACGAUUUUCGAGCUCUAGGAACAAAGCUAAAACUGUGUAAUGUACAUGUGAUCUUUUCAUCCCUACUCCCCGUUGUAGGACACGGCUCUACAAGGGCCAGAAAAAUAGUACAGGUAAAUAACUGGCUCAGAAAAUGGUGUCAGGAGGAGCGUUUUGGCUUCCUCGACCAUGGCCUACUCUUCCAGGAGGAUGGCCUACUGGCAAGUGAUGGGGUGCAUCACACAAGUAGGAAAACAUCUUUUUGCACACAGACUCACAAACCUCAUCAGGCGCACUUUAAACUAGAUCCACUGGGGGAGAGGAACAACAGCCUGGCGAACACUAUAUUGCCCACGACCACUGGGAACCACCAAAAGGCUAAACGGAGGGCUGCACAAACAGAGCAAGGACCAAGUACAGAGAGCACAAUAAUCCAAAAUAAACAGCUCGAGGGGAGGUCACAGGGGCUUACAUGUCUUUACACUAAUGCACAGAGCAUGGGAAAUAAGCAAGACGAACUCCAACUCUUAGCACAGCACCACACAUGUCAUAGGCAUCACUGAAACCUGGUGGGAUGACUCCCAUCACUGGAAUUUAGCCAUUGAGGGCUCGGGCUGUGGCGCAGGCUGGAGAGCAGCUGCAAUGAAUCACUCUGACCAGGAGGUCAUGAGUUGAAGGCCCGCUCGGGGCCUAUGUUUGUUUGUCUUUGUUCUAUGUUAAAAGGCAUUGAAUGUUUGCCUAUAUGUGUAAUGUGAUCCGCACUGAGUCCCCUUCGGGGUGAGAAGGGCGGAAUAUAAAUGCUGUAAAUAAAUAAAAAUAAAUAUAACCUCUUUCACAGAAAUAGAACAAAGGGGAGAGGAGGGGGAGUAGCUUUAUAUGUCAAAAACAGUUACGUUGCAGAAGAAAUGCAAGACUGUAAUCCGGGAAACCAGCUUGAAAGCAUCUGGAUAAGAAUCAAGUGAACUCAAAAAGAUCUUGUUGUGGGUGUCUACUACAGACCUCUGAGUCAGGAUGAAGGACUUAAUGAAGCCUUCUGUCAACAGCUGACCAAACAGGCACAAAGAAGAGAUAUAGUAGUCAUGGGCGAUUUCAAUUAUUCCGAUAUUUGCUGGAAAACAAACUCGGCCAAGAGUACAAAGAGUACUCGGCCAACAAAUUCCUCACCUGCCUUGCAGACAAUUUUAUGGUCCAGAAGGUAGAAGAGGCAACAAGGUGAUUGGCUACUCUUGAUCUAAUCUUAACAAGUGUGGAAGACCUGAUCAAUACAGUCGAAGUGGCUGGAUCCUUAGGGGCAAGUGACCAUGUGCUCCUGCAGUUUGCAAUACAAAGGAAGGCUGAAACUAAGACAAGUCAAACAUGCGUUCUGGACUUUAAGAGAGAUGACUUCCAAAAAAUGAAGGAAUUACUGAGCGGCAUUCCAUGGACGCCAAUAUUAAAAGACAAGGGAGUUAAGGAUGGAUGGGAGUUUUUUAAAAGUGAAAUACUCAAGGCGCAAAUGCAAACAGUGCUAACAAAGAAGAAGAAAAAAGACAAGUGCAAAGAGGCCAGAAUGGAUGUCCAAAGAACUUCUAAAUGAGCUAAGACUCAAAAGUGACAUGCUCAAGAAGUGGAAAAGGGGAGAAAUCACCAAAGAAGAAUUCAAAAGUAUAGCCAACUCCUGUAGGGAAAGGUUCGCAAGGCUAAAGCGCAAAAUGAGCUCAGGCUUGCCACAGACAUAAAAAACAACAAAAAAGGCUUUUUUGCUUACAUUGGUAGAAAAAGGAAGAACAAAGAGGCGAUAGGGCCACUGCAAGGAGAAGAUGGAGUGAUGGUGACAAGGGACAGGGAAAAGGCAGAACUACUUAAUGCCUUCUUUGCCUCGGUCUUCUCACAAAAAGAAAGCCAUCUUCAACCUCAGCAACAUGGAAUGGACGAAGGUUUGGGGGAAAUACAACCCCAAAUAGGGAAACAAGUUGUCCAGGAACACCUGGCCGCUCUAAACCAAUUCAAGUCCCCAGGGCCAGAUCAGCUACAUCCAAGAGUAUUGAAGGAACUAGCAGAAGUUAUUUCAGAACCAAUGGCAAUUAUCUUUGAGAGUUCUUGGAGAACGGUAGAAGUCCCAGAAGAUUGGAGGAGGGCGAAUGUGGUCCCUAUCUUCAAGAAGGGAAAAAAGACCCAAACAAUUACCGUCCGGUCAGCCUCAUGUCGAUACCAGGCAAGAUUCUGGAAAAGAUCAUUAAGGAAGUGGUCUGCAAACACUUAGAAACAAAUGCGGUCAUUGCUAAUAGUCAACACGGAUUUACCAAAAACAAGUCAUGCCAGACUAAUCUGAUCUCUUUUUUCGAUAGUUACGAGUUGGGUCGAUACAGGGAACGCCCUGGAUGUAGCGUACCUGGACUUCAGUAAGGCCUUCGACAAAGUCCCCCACAACCUUCUGGCAAACAAACUAGUAAAAUGUGGGCUAGACAAAACUAUGGUUAGGUAGAUCUGUAAUUGGCUAAGCGAACGAACCCAAAGGGUGCUCACCAAUGCGUCGUCUUCAUCAUGGAAAGAAGUGACAAGUGGAGUGCCGCAGGGCUCUGUCCUGGGCCCGGUUCUGUUCAACAUCUUUAUUAACGACUUAGACGAAGGGUUAGAAGGCAUGAUCACCAAGUUUGCAGACGACACCAAACUGGGAGGGAUAGCUAACACUCCAGGACAGCAAGUUAAACAUGAGCCAACAAUGUGAUGCGGCAGCUAAAAAAGCCAACGGGAUUCUGGCCUGCAUAAAUAGGGGUAUAGCGUCUAGAUCCAGGGAAGCCAUGCCCCUCUAUUCUGCCUUGGUCAGACCACACCUGGAAUACUGUGUCCAAUUUUGGGCAUCGCAGUUGAAGGGAGAUGUUGACAAGCUGGAAAGCAUCCAGAGGAGGGCGAUUAAAAUGAUUAAGGGUCUGGAGUACAAGCCCUAUGAGGAGCGGCUUAAAGAGCUGGGCAUGUUUAGCCUGCAAAAGAGAAGGCUGAGAGGAGACAUGAUAGCCAUGUACAAAUAUGUGAGGGGAAGUCAUAGGGAGGAGGGAGCAAGCUUGUUUUCUGCUGCCCUGCAGACUAGGACACGGAACAAUGGCUUCAAAUUACAGGAAAGGAGAUUCCACCUGAACAUCAGGAAGAACUUCCUGACUGUGAGGGCUGUUCGACAGUGGAACUCUCUCCCCCGGGCUGUGGUGGAGGCUCCUUCUUUGGAGGCUUUUAAGGAGAGGCUGGAUGGCCAUAUGUCGGGUUGUAGUAGGAAGAGACCACAAGGGCUACCCAGUUCAAUAAUCUGCCAUGCAAGAAUAUACAAUCUGAGCACUCCUAAAAUAUGGCCAUCCAGCCUCUUUUUAAAUAUGUUAUGUUCUGGAAGCAGCUUAGGACUUCAUGUCCUCCAUGACAAUGUCCCAAAUAAUAUCGCAUGCAACCCUAGUUACCUAGUCUGUACUCAGUCUUCUUUGUGCUCCCUGUGCCUCACACAAUAGGACUUGUGUUUGUGGUGAGACCUCAUUGGAACUUUCUAAAGCUGAGCAGUAUUUACAUUCAGACUUCAGGAGUGGGGUACUACACUAUGAGACUGAUAGAUCUGUAUGGAUUUCUGAGGGCUCUUGAAACCUUGGCUCUUCUGUAGAAGGAAAAAAUGGCCAGAGCAGUGAACACAAUUGCAGCCUACUAUGAAGAAUUUGCACAACACAUUACAGAUAAAAUCAUUCAGAUGGAUGCUAAUUUGGAGGUUGUGAUGACUGCAGAUCCUGUAGACGUAACCUCAGUUUCUGCAGGUUAAGGAUAUAUUUCAGUUUGUGCAUCCUGGGGAUUGUAGACAAGAUCCUUGCAGUGAAAAAGCCACCACAUGGAUACUACCUGCAUAGCUCAUAAUAACAAACAGUGGGGGAAUGGGAAUGACUGAGAGGGUAAGAGAUGUGGUAAAUGCCUUAUUUCAGCACAGGGUUCCAUCCUACAAUAAAUAAUUACUGGUCAGUCUCCAAUAUCCCUUUUAAAAAGAGGUUUCUGAAGUGGUGGUGAUGUUUUCUCACAUUUAUUUAUUUAUUUAUUUAUUUAUUUAUUUAUUUAUUUAUUUAUUAGACUUGUAUACCGCUACUCCCAGUUUGGCUCGGAGCGGUUUACAGAAAUAGAUUAAAACAACACACUUAGCUUUAAAAUAACAAUAAGAACAAUAAAAACAACAAUAAAAGCAACAAUAAAAACAGACAUAGCCCCGAGUUUUUCACCCAUUGAAAACUUGAACAUCCAAGGGUUCAUAUUCUGGAUUUUCUAGUCCUGAUUGUGAGAUGGAAAUUCAAAACAUUUCUGAUCCCAAGCAUUUCAAAUACAGGAUAGUCAACCUUUAUUUUUAACAUACGUGGUAGGCUUUCCUGGGUCCUACAUUGGGAGAAAAGAUGGGAUGUAAAUUAAAUAUAUGUAUAUACAAAUGUGCCAACAUAAAGUGCUGAGUAUGUGUCUGGCUUUGGGACAGAUAGACAGACAGCCUCACCCAAGUGCUCUGUGUGUCCAUAUAACUAGUACGCAACUCCACGGGUCCAGAGAAGGCAUGGGCAAAAUGCUAGAUAGGCCUUUUGCCCUUGACACCCUGAAGCCAUGCACUAUAGCCAGUAAAGGGCAUGAAGUAGAGAUGUGUGCGGUAUUUGUCCUAUUUGUUUCAUCUGGGUUUCUGUUUUGUAUCAUCCCUUCAGAUGGCAAGAAACGGAAAGCCCCCCCCCCC